GAUUAAUUAAUUAUGAGAAUAACAUGUGCAAAUUACUCAUAAGUUAAAGUUUAAGUUAUUGUGCAAUUGAAGUAUAAUGACUUCAGAAAUAAGAACCAGUUAUUCGUUUAUUGGUCAAAGUCACAACAAACAGUUAACAGAAGCAACAACAAUGGAAGUUUUACUCAACGAACUCGAUCAUCAUCUUCAUAACCCGAUUACCCGAUCCAUUUCAAACAACCCAUUAAUCUUCAUCAUCGUCCUCCUCCUCUCUCACUCCACCCUUACCACUUCUUUCCCCACACCUUCACCAAUUCCAAUCUUACCUUUACCAAGUUCACAGCAGCUCUCAUGGCAGCUCUCAGAAAUGGCACUCUUCCUCCAUUUCGGAACCAACACUUUCACCGACUCCGAAUGGGGCACCGGCCACGCGGAUCCCUCCGUCUUCAACCCCACCGGCCUAAACGCCACCCAAUGGGUCGCCGUCGCUAAGGAAAACGGGUUUUCUCGCGUCAUUCUUACAGCCAAACACCACGAUGGGUUUUGCUUAUGGCCCUCCGAUUACACCGAUUACUCUGUGAAAUCGAGUCCAUGGAGAGGUGGUAAAGGCGAUGUAGUCGGUGAAUUAGCUAAAGCUGCUCAAGAAGCUGAGAUUCAAUUAGGUCUUUAUCUUUCUCCAUGGGAUAGACAUGAACCUACUUACGGAAAAACCCUAGAAUACAAUGAAUAUUACAUGGCUCAAAUGACUGAAUUGCUCACUAGAUAUGGAAACGUAAAGGAAGUCUGGCUAGAUGGUGCUAAAGGGGAAGGAGAGAAAGACAUGGAGUAUUUCUUCGAGAAUUGGUUCAGCCUGAUCCACCAACUGCAACCUAGCUCCGUCAUCUUCUCCGAUGCUGGUCCAGACGUCAGAUGGUCCGGCGACGAGGAAGGCUUCUCAGGCACCACCUGUUGGUCGCUUUUCAACCGGAGCAACGCCGCGAUUGGCGGCACAGAUACCAAGUACUCACAAGGCGGAGAUCCGCUAGGGCACGACUGGGUACCUCCAGAAUGCGAUGUUUCAAUCAGGCCAGGGUGGUUCUGGCAUGAAUCCGAGCUUCCUAAAUCCGCAACAAAUCUUCUCGAAUUAUACUACAAUUCAGUAGGGCGAAACUGUCUUCUACUACUAAAUGUUCCACCAAAUUCUUCAGGUCUCAUAUCCGAACAAGACAUUAAAGUUCUUCAAGAGUUUUCCAACCUCAGAGCCUCGAUUUUCUCUCAAAACCUAGCAAAAUCCGCCAUUGUUACAGCCAGCACCACUCGCGGUGGUUCUGGUUCUAAUAACACACAGUUCAACUCAAAUUCUAUCUUGGAAGAAGGGAUUUUUACUUACUGGGCUCCUAAAAAGAAUCAAACCCACUGGAUUAUAUAUCUUGAUUUUCAAGAAUCUGUGAGCUUUAAUGUUAUACAAAUUCAAGAACCAAUUCAAAUGGGCCAGAGGAUUGUUAAGUUUCAUGUAGAUGUUGUUAAUGAAGAUGGCGAAUGGCAGGAAGUGUUGACUGGGUCAACUGUGGGAUACAGGAGAAUUUUAAGAUUCCCAAAUGUGAAAACUCAGAGACUAAGGCUUGUAAUUGAUAAAUCUAGGGCAGAACCUUUGGUUGCUUAUUUUGGAGUUUAUGUUGAUACAGUUUCUAUACUUGGGAACAUUAAGAGUAACACUACCUCAAAUUCAAGCUCUGUUAUCAACUUUAAUGGAAGUCAAAUUUUGCAUCAGAUUGUGAAUAAUCGCACCCGUGUUUCUUCAAUAUAGUUCAUCUUGAUGUAAUUUCAACACAAAUGAGCAUUCUUUAUGUAAACUUUGCAUUUGUUGUAUUUUUCACCAACAAUAUGUUGUACCAUUUUCGAUUAGUGGAUCAAGAUACGUGCUUCCUUCUGAGAUCUUUAUAAUGUAAAGGGGUAUACUAUACUCGGGUGAUUGUAUUUGUUGUUCACUAUGGAGUGAAAAAAAUAAAGCUUGAUUAGUUUCUUGAUUAUGAGAAUGAUAAGUCUUACUUUUAGUUUAGAAGAUGAAGAAAUAAGUAUGCAAGCAACUUCAUAUAGUGGAAGUGUGUUUUAAGGAGUUGUACAUUGGGUAUUGGAUAUUAUUAGUAUUCUAGAGUGAGUUUGGGUUGUUCAAAGACAUGACUAUGUAAUGGAGUCUUGAAUUUGAAAGGAAUGUAAAUUGCAAUGUCCAAUUGGGUGAAUACCAUACUUGGAUCUCGAAGUGUGAAAUGAAGUGAUUGAGUUGUCAAGAGGUAGUUUUAGAGCUUGAUAGAAGCAUGAAACUUUUGUAAGGCCUACAUAUGGCAAUUUAGUAAAAGUGAUUAUAUAACACUUGAAGUAAUUUUAUUAUGUACAUGAUGCCUAUAUGUUGCGAGUGUUGUGUUUAAGAACUUGAUAGAAGCAUGAAACUCUUGUAACGCUUGAAAGUUGAAUAAAAAGAAUGA